GAGUUUGAGGACGUGAAUUGAUGUUCUGCAUAGCGUGGGCGUUUUUGGAGAUGACAUGUGUUUUCACUUCUUGGGCGGAUACACUGGCGGGUGCCUUGGGCUAUCAUCUAUUCAUAAUUUCAUGUACAGGAUGGGUUUUGUUUGGAGAAAUACAAUGCUAUGCUGGACGAGGCAUUUGCAAGGCGUAGAAUGGUUUUGUGUAGUUUAGAUUAUAUGUACAAAAACCAACAGUGUGCUUCUUUGAAAAGCUCCGUUGCAA